GUCGGCAUUAUAACAUACUGCUGAGUAUGAUGUUACCACACAAUCAUCUAACAGUGUAUUUUCAACAUCCUGUACGCGAACGACAGGAAGCGCUGCUGGAUCUUUGCUGGUACCAGUUGUUGGUCCUUGCCCUGUUGGCGUUGCCAUGACCAUGACCUUGCCAAUUGACCUCCUUCGUCCUCCUCUUCGCCUUCCUGAGGCUUGUAUAAUAGUCUGCUUGGUCCCCUUUUCCUAGCUCCCGACACCUUGCUUCUUGAUCUGGUCAAGCUUCGGCUUAUACCUAGACAUCUUGAUUGCCGCCCUUUCCCUUAUAUUGUUCUUCAUCAACCACAUCAUAGACAUACCACUUGACACCAUCAGACAGCAUCGUCUUUCCUAUUCAGUCAAUCUUCCUCUGUUAUCGGUUAUUCGCUUUGCGUCUAAAACAGCGACCCCGUCCAGACCUCUCGAUUGCUUUCCGCCUGAUAGAUCCUACAACAUCUGAACAUUUGCCAGCAGACGAGAUGGACGGAUGUUAUUGCGCAAACUAUUACGGUUCGAUCCGUUGCAACAAUGUGGUAAUGAGGUUCGGUGACCGAUGCAAGAUGUGCAUGUUGCAAAAGAGCGGUGCUUCACUCAGCCGUGGUCUCCUACCCGAGCAUAUGGACCUCUGGAUAGGAUCCUCUUCGACGCGACUGGCUAAGAACAGGGCUAGUUCUAGGAGUAGCUCUCAAAGUUCAGCGAGGUCUUCGCAGCAGUCGUUGUUAGACAGAAGGCAGUGAUUGGUUGGAGUGCUUGGUACGAUCCAAGAAACAUAGACGUCUGCGGAAUGACUUUCAAGAAAGAGGAAGGAACAUGCAAGCGGGGAACGGGUUUACAAGGCCGCAAUAAUUGGAAACACGACACUGAAAGAAAGAUGAGGAGAUGCAGCGGAUGCAUUGAUGAGGAUUCGGAACUGGGUAAAACAAACCAGCUUGAACUUGACUGAAGGAAGGUCGGGCAGCGAAAGGGGUGCUUUCCUCGAUGCAGGGCUCAACUAUCUCUCCAUUCUUCCAAGUUGAGCAGCUAGGGAAGGCGUUUGGUACAAGGGGGGGGCGUUUUGAUCGAAGAAGUAAUCGAUCUUUUGUUUUUUUUUUGGGUCCUCUGUUUAGAUAUCAUGAUGCACUAUAAAGUCAAAGAACACAUGGUCAUUUCAUUCGUAACGAUUUCGUAGCGGCGAUAUGUCGAGGAAAUAAGACACUCAUUGGCAG